CUUCAACAUGUCUUCCUCUGAUGAAUCCCCCGCUGCAGGUGGCGAUGGUGGUGAUGGAGCUGGAUCCGGUGGAACCGCGGGCUCGACCACGGCUGGUGCCGCCUUGAUGAUGGCCAGCCCUUGGCUGACAGUGGCCGCUGCCGCCGCCUACACCACCACUGCCAUGUGGGCCAAGCUGCGUGACUUGGGGAUCUUCAAGAGUUUGCGUGGGCGCAAGGCAGCUGCCGCUGCCGCUGCCGCACCUUCGGUGGCUACUGACGCUGAGGACUCUUCGCUUGAGGUGCAGCAGCGUGAAGAAGAGGAGGGUCUGGGACCCGAUCGAAUACUCGAGAUGUCGCCCAUUGACUGUUAAAUUGGGUGGCAGACAGGAUGAGGACACGAAUUGUACACUAAAUCAAUCGCACACUCGCACACUUAUGCAUACACCACACACUUAGACACACACAAAUGUAAGAGAUAAUUGUUGUAAUGCUUGCGCGUUCCAAAGGGGAUG